AAUAAGCUAACGUAAAGUGCAAACUUAACUUACGAUCAGGCACCAACCAGCCAAUCAGACUUAAACAACAAGCUCUUAUUUUCGAGGACUUAUUCAACAUAUUGUUACAAGAAACUGCAGCAAAUUGUAACUUUUUUGUGUAAUUGUUAGUAGAUUUAAAUCAAAAAUAUAAAAUUAAUAAUACAAAAGAGACCAACACAAUGAAUGCGCCUGCCUCAGAGCACAAAUUCAAUUUACAUGUAAAUCGUUCAUUUGCUCUGUAGCGCGCGGAUGUUCAGAUUUCUUCUUGUCCAAAGUUAUAUGUCCAUUGGUUGCUGAAUCAGCCGUUCUUUGUUUACUCUAAGACAGCCUAAAUCUCAGAAGUCUAGUUCCCUCUCAAAGCUAAAGCGACAUCCGGUGUUAAUAAUGUCGCAAUCGCGGAGAAAGUGCGCUCCCUUACUGGGCGUUAUUGGCCGGAAGAUACGCUUUCGAAGUCCUCGUCGACGAAAUCUCGCGCAUCGAUUUGAGCAUCAGUUUUUGGCAGAAGCCGUCGAGAAUUCCAGUGCGCUUUAUCUACGGCCUCGCACAAAAGAAGAACUGCAGUUCCUUACGAAGCUGGCAGGAAUACAUUCAAAGGAUGAUGGAGAAUGCCAGCUACAUGAAUCUGAGCCCUGGCCUGCUGUCACCGAAAAACAGCUGAAGAAUCAACAGUUCGUUCAGCAGUUUCUUUCCGACUAUUUGCACUGGAUGCGAUGGACGGAUCAACGUGCGCUGAGACUGGAAGCUAGCGCUAAGCGUAACCGGCUCGUUGAAGCGCACAUUAAUCGACUGCUAAAAAGCGCUCGCCACCAGUUAUUCCCCAAUUCUCGAGCAAGCGUUUCCGCGUUAAAAGACCGGGAACUUUCUAGUGCUUUGGAUAACGCUGUGGAAAUUAUCAAUCACAGGGUCACAACCGCCAGCAAGUUGCACACAACCAGUGCCAUGUCCACAGGGGAGACUCAACGGCGAUUAAGGAAUGUGCAGUCGGUGUCAGAUACGUCACGCAACUGGCCGUACAAAAACCGCCCUUCUGAGAAAGAACCACCGGGAAACCCGUUGAGUAUCGUAUCAGCUUGGAAGCCCACCAAACCACUGUCUGUGAUGGGUAUCGGGAAGCGAAAGCGCUCUAACGAUAAUCUGACUGAUUCCCAAAUAAUUAAAAAACCUCAAUCUAAACCGCUACAGGACCUGCAAGGUAGUUUUCAGCCCACAGCAGCUGAUGGAAUGAACGGAAAUCCCUUUGAAAGCGUUUUCCGCCACUGUAUGCACCAAAAAGACGCCAUCAAACGCCAGCUGCUGGAGACCGACAGAAACGAGUUGCGAACGGAUUUGUUGACAUCGCUAAAAGACUUUUCGUUAGCCGAUCCACCACGUGACGGUGGCCAUGCGAAGCAAACCUCUUUCCAACAGUAUAUCAGGAAAUGGAAUAAUCGAGUCAAGAAACAUAUUGCCGCUCCUCCGGCACCGCCUGCACAGACUUUCACAUUAUUCGAUCAGGAUCCAGCGAAAGCGGGCUACUUUGCAGCCAAGGACGUUACGACUGAUUUUGAUCCGGCAAUGUUACAGGAAAAAGCUAAAGAAAAAGAAAAUAUGUACAAAAAUAUGGCCGAUAACAGUAAGCGCAUUCUCGAAGAACGCACUGCCAGAACCAACUGGCUGCGCACAUCAUUGGAUGAUACUCGAUUAACCGAUGUGCAGGAAUGGCUAAGUAAAAGGUCAUCCGGUCAGGCCAACUGGGAAGCGCGUAAAGAGUACACGAACGGCCCGACGCAUUUUGGUAAUGGUGCAGCUACGGUCCUGGAAGACUUUUGCGGAAGAUUAGCGGCUGGUUCAGCACAGAAUAUGGUGUCGAUAGCCCGGAUUAUGGCUUCACGUGCAUCUCAGGAAGAAAUAAGAAAGAAAUUUUUCCCUAAGGAAAUUUCUGCAUUCAGCGUCCCAACCUUUUAUUUUGCUACACCGCCGUGGAAAAAUCUUGUAAAUGCAAAUGUCGCUCAAAAAUUGUAUCGAGAAAAACAUGUUUUGCAGUGACCUUUGGAGAGCAGUUACUUUAUCUGGAUUUUUCGGCUGCUUUAUCUGUGUUUGUCUUUGCACAGUGCGUUAGCUGAAAAAGUUCGAUUAAUGGUAUUAA